UUCGCUUACAAGCCAGAAUUAUAAAAGGUAAUCUACUAGUGAUGGAUUCAAUAUGGCGGAUGAUACACGCAAAGUUCGUGUGGAAGAAAGACUAAAAGUAAAAAUUGGCGAGGCCAAGAAUUUGCAAGGCCGAAGCCACUGUACAAAUGGCUCGAAUGCUGCUUUCCGCGAUGUUUAUUGCACAGUUGCCUUGGAUCAAGAAGAAAUUACGCGAACGCCAACGAUUGAACGAACGCUAAGUCCAUUUUUUGGUGAAGAGUAUCAAUUUGAAAUACCACGAAAAUUUCGAUAUCUAGCCGUUUACAUAUGGGAUCGAGAUAAGCAUUUGAAACAAGAUAAGGCUAUUGGUAAAAUUGCAAUAAAACGUGAGGAAUUGCAUUCGUACAAUCAUAAAGAUCAUUGGUUCGCCUUGCAGUCAGUUGAUGCUGAUUCAGAAGUACAGGGCAUGGCACAUAUCGUACUCUCAAUCGACGAUGGGAUCGGCAAUUUAAAACGAAGAUCAGAUUUUGAUGACUCGAUUACUUUGCAUACCACAAAAACCACUGUAAAUCCAACGACAAAUUUAAAUGAUUUGGCUGGAAUUGGAUCUACAUCAUCGUCGUCAUCAUCAUCAGUAUUCAAAAAUGAUGGUAACAGUGAGUUUAAGGAGAAUAAAACAUCGAACGAUGCACAAGCAGCAAAUACUCAUGGUGGAAGCAUUAAAACAGCAUCUUGUGUGUCAUCAUCCAUUCCAAAUAAUUCAAGUGGAAAUAGUGGUUGUAGUAGUACAAUUAGUAAGACGAGAAGCAUUUUUGGUAACACCGAUCUUAGUUUGUUUAGUUCACAAAGUAAGAAAACCAGCUCGAAUACGCUGGACACAUUAGGAUCAUUUCGAAAUGGUGUGAAAAGUCGUGUCGCAAUACGUGUAUUGGAGUGUGUUGAAUUAGCUAAAAAAAAUGGUAACUGCGAUCCAUAUAUUAUAGUGACAGCUAUCUAUACAAAUAAAAAGAAAAUUGUGAAGCGAACGAAAUCUCGAAAAAAAACAAUAAAUCCAAAGUUCGACGAAACAAUGAAUUUUGACUUAAGCAUUGAUUGUGACAGCAAGUCGAUUAUGGGUAAUAAUGUAUAUACGGUGGCCCCACUAGAUGGUGCCGAUUUAUUUGAAUUAAGUGUUACUGUGUGGCAUGAUGUUGGUGUGGGUGAAGAUGUAUUUUUAGGUGAAAUUAAAAUCCCACUGCACGGCAAACAACAACAAAAUGCAAUCAAACCGGAUGCUUGGUAUUACUUUCAACCACGAAGUACCCUAGCCCGGCCAACACGAUCGUGUGCAACACCACCGGGCACCCGGCUCAGCAGCGACAAUUCACUCGGUUCUUUACGUUUAAAAUUAGUUUAUACUGCCGAUCAUGUAUUUCCCCUAGCAACUUAUGACAAUCUACUAAAUUUACUCAUACAAAGUCUGCAGCAGCCGAUUACAUUGUCACCCAUUUAUAUUCUCGGUGAGCUUGUAUCAAAUAAAACCGAAAUCGCACAGCCUCUGGUGCGCCUAUUCACCCAUGAGAACAUAAUAUCGCCCGUCAUCAAGGCGCUGGCUGAUUACGAAAUAUCAAAAUUAACCGAUCAAACAACGAUAUUCCGCGGAAACACACUCGUUAGCAAAAUGAUGGACGAGGUUAUGAGACUUUCCGGUUUACAUUACUUACAUAGCACUUUACGUCCCAUUGUUGACGCUAUUUUGGCUGAAAAGAAACCGUGCGAGAUCGAUCCGACGCGUGUUAAAGAUAAAUCAAUGGCUGAGAACAAUCUAGUAAAUUUACAAGAGUAUGUAGAACGAGUAUUCGAGGCUAUAAUUAACAGUGCGGUGAGAUGCCCGCCGAUUUUAUGCCAAAUAUUUCAUGAUCUCAGAGAAUGUGCAGCAAAAUAUUUUCCGCAUAACAAAGAAGUACGAUAUUCCGUGGUAUCCGGAUUUAUAUUCCUUCGGUUUUUCGCUCCCGCAAUACUUGGACCAAAAUUAUUCGAUCUUACAACAGAACCAUUGGAUAUUCAAACAAAUCGAACAUUAACUCUUAUAUCGAAGACCAUAAAUUCUCUCGGUAAUUUAGUCUGUUCUCGAUCUGCCCAACAACCAUGUAAAGAGGAAUAUACUGGCCAAUUAUACAAGAAAUUUUGUACCGAGAAACAUGUAGAGGCUGUAAAACACUUUUUGGAAGUUAUAUCGACCAUUGGAGCAAAUCCCAACGAAAAUACACUCUUGGAACCUGUGCUACUCAAGGAAGGAGUGAUGACAAAACGAUCUCAAGGACGCAGACGAUUUGGUCGACAUAAUUUUAGACAACGUUAUUUUCGUUUGACUACCCAAUCGUUGAGCUAUGCCAAAUCAAAAGGCAAAAAUCCAAUCUGUGAUAUACCCUUAUCUGAGAUAUUAGCCGUUGAAAGGCUAAACGAACGAAGUUUUAAGUUACAAAACAUAUUUCAGAUUAUAAGAAAAGAUCGGACGUUGUAUGUUAAAACUUCAAAUUGCGUUGAAGAAAAAGAUUGGGUGGAUCUGUUGAGUAAAAUUUGUCAAUCAAAUGCGGCACGUUUGGAAAGUUUUCAUCCAUCAGCAUAUAUAAGUGGAGCAUGGACAUGUUGUAAAGAGCGUGAUCAAUAUGUGAAGGGAUGCCAAACGGUGUCACCGUCGCCAUUUCAGAUGGGUUUAGCUACCACAUUAGAUCCUGCGCGUGACUUACAGCGUUUGAAUACGUUAAUUAUAAAUAAUUUGGAUGAUUUAAAAUUAUUCACCGAACCAAAUAGCGUUUACAGUAAAGAAAUUGUUUCACCAGAGGAUCUUCACCAAUUUCAUAAAAACGUUAAGGCAAUGAUUGACACAGCAGUUAAACUGCAACAAAUUCAUUUGACAUAUCGUGCUCUUAUCGAUCGUGAAAUGAAAUAUGGCAGUCGGCAGGCACCAAUUGGUGACGACAACUAUUUACAUCUAAUACGAAGUGGUAUGUGCACAGGCAGCAAUCAAAAUUCAACUGCGACGUUGCCAACACUGAAUCAUCAUAGACAUCACAAUUUGGGCCUUGAUAAAUCACCUAAUUUAUUUAUACGUAACGAAAUGACGCGUAACUCAUUAACAAACGAAAAAUUCUCGCAUUACUGACAGUUAUUUUGAUUCUCACCUUCCAAGUGGAAAUGGAGAAAUAGAUAAAGCGAACUCAUGACAUUUGGUAUCAAUUAAAACGGAAUUGUUCAGUUAGUUUUGUGUUCGAUUUUCAAUUGUAGAUGUAUUUCGUUAUUUGUAUACAACACAAAUCCAACAAAAAAAGAACUUGAAUAUCUUCAGCACAUAUUAAUUGUUUCAAAGCACAAAAAUGUCACACGCACUCACUUCGUACACAUUCACACAAUUACAGCCCCUUGAUAUUGUUAUCGAUCAAGGAUUAAUACAGAAAGACAAAAAAAAAAAAAAAAA